GGAUGACAACCCCCGUGACGGUGGCGGGCAAAGUGUUCUUAAUCUUCUACGGCCUGCUUGGAUGUGCGGCCACCAUUCUGUUCUUCAAUCUCUUUCUGGAGCGUAUCAUUACUCUGUUAGCUGUGGUGAUGAAAGCGUUUCGGCUGCGUCGGUUGCGCACCAGCGGCCUUCUUCCACCGGGGAUAUGCCAGGACUUUGCAGCCAGCAGCCUGCCAGGCUGGAAGCCUUCUGUCUACCAUGUGAUGCUGAUCUUGGGUCUGUCAGCUAUCAUCAUUUCCUGUUGUGCCUCAGCCAUGUACACCCCUGUAGAAGGCUGGGCCUACCUUGACUCCCUGUACUUCUGCUUUGUCACCUUCAGCACUAUCGGCUUCGGAGACCUGGUCAGCAGCCAGAAUGAAGCCUACAGCUACCAGGGCCUGUAUCGGCUGGCCAACUUCUUCUUCAUCCUGACGGGCGUCUGCUGUAUCUACUCGCUCUUCAACGUCAUCUCCAUCGUUAUCAAACAGGUGCUGAACUGGAUGCUGGGUAAGAUGAGUUGCCUUUGCUGCCAGCGUUGCAAGGCUAACGCUUUCUUAGGACGACGCAAUGCUAUCCGGCCCGGCUCACGCCUCAGGCAGGGCCGCUUUGGUCGCCCACCAGAUGCAGAGGGAAGUGACACGGAGGGCAGGAGACUAUCUGGUGAAAUGAUUUCCAUGCGGGACUUGACAAGCUCAAAUAAAAUCUCACUGGCCAUCAUGCAAAAGCAGCUCUCUGAGACAGCAAAUGGCUACCCCAGGACAAUAUGUGGAAGCUCGAGGCACAAUGGCUUCUCUGGAGGAGUUGGAGCCCUGGGUAUUAUGAACAACAGACUUGCAGAAACUAGUGACACUAGGUAGAGCCAUCUGAUGGUUCAGCAGAACAACAUAGGAGAGUGGUGUAGCACUCCCCUGUAGGAAAGAUUUUCUGUUUCAUUCUGACUUUGCCUUGUACAAGAGCUCCAGUGAAACAGCAUGAUAUGCAUGAAGUAUUUCGGAUAUCUUUUAGAGCCAGGGUUGAUUCUGGGCUGGUCAGGGAAUUUCACUAUGACUCAAAAUGUCAUGGAUCUGACCUCAGUUGAGUAAGGUACGUAACCCCAGAUCACAUGUUUUAGUUAAAGGAACAAUAAGGAUUAUAUUUUCUGUAGUGAUCGGAUAAUAAGAAAACAUGCUGAGUUUAAGCUCUAGCAGAUCCUGACAGCAGAGCUUCAGCCAGUAUUUUAUUUGAACUGUCUGGCACAGAGUAGAAAAUUGUGUGGGUUUUAGCCUCUGAACCCGCUCACCGCCAAUCCCCAGUCCUAAAUGCACACCACAGGUUGCCAGGUAUAGAAAACAAUAGCAGGCAGUGUACUGCAGCCAUGGAAGAGAGCAAGCAAACUAGAUCAGCAGAAACAGCAUGGUUAAUUCUCUCCUUAACAAGUGAGCACUCAGCUUCAGGUAAGGUUCACACACCAUAUCUAGGUAAUUUAUCACAAAGACUAGCAUAGUGGGGAGAUAUGUUUUAAUUAAUUACAACAUUAAGGUGUUUGCAUUCAUACUCAGCCAUCUGUGUGCAGCAGAGUUAUCAAUGUAGAAAGUAUUUGAUCUGAAAUAUGCAGGUUAAUACCUGGACCAAGACAGAAAUCUGGCAAUCUGUAUGAGCUCCACAUCUGGGGAGGGUCAGGCAUGCCACAGAACUGAACUGCUGUAGCCAUUUUACACACAUACUGUCAUUUAGACCUCUGAUUGUUCCUUUAACGUAGAUCACUUUGGAGAACAUUUGUAGACCAGUGCAUUUAGGCCAAUUUAACUUGAACAGCCCAUCUCUUGUGUGUAAAAUGGCAUUUUCACACAUCACUGUGUGACAUUGACAAUACCCCAGCUAAGAGAUCUAAAUGUAGACACCAGCACAGCCCAGGUCUUCAUUCACGGCCAAUUUGAACCUGUUUGUAGCAUCUUUAACCCCCAGAGAGCAUGAAGAACAUUAGAUUAGACUUUAUUAGAUUGUCUUUUGAGUUGUUGAUAAUGAACAGACUGAUUUAUUUUAAAAGCAGAGCAUGUGUAUCUGAAUGGUAUUUAUAAUGGCAGGCCCUCUUAAAUACACUCAUUGGCAAAAAUAAGAAUAAUGCACCAAGAAGGAGUGUUGGAAUGAAAUGAAUCUUAGUAUGAUGUGAAUGUAUUGAUGAUAUAUGUAAGUGAUUACAAUUUUAGAGUGAAAGAAUAUAUUUAUUAAAGAAAACCGUAGAGGAAGCUUUAGGACCCUGUUGGCACCUCUAGUCUAGAUACAAGAGGAGAUAGCAGCAGUUGAGCAAGGAGGCAUACAGGUUCUGCAUGGCAACCUGCAGCACAUUUACAGCUGAUGUUGCAGCUGGGCCUGUAGAUCCUGCUCUACACUCUAAAUAUGGCAACCGGGCAGGCCCAGGAAGUGUUCCAACCUGUCUGAGACAUUCCUGGAAAAUCCUUGCUGUGUGUCAAAGAUCAUAAUCCUGCUGUGCAGGUUUCUUAUUCACAACACCACUGCAAGCUUAAGUGACGGUAGCUGGCCGAUGGAAAAGUCUACAUGGUGGGCAGUUUGUUGAAAUGACCAUCCUGCUCCUCUCAGUCUAGUGAUGACCAAGUCUGUAAGCUGAGCAAUGAGCAAUGCUUCACUCUAAGUUUCACUUUAAUCCUCGUCUGAAUCUCAGGCUUAUCACAUUGAAUUUUGUUC